UGUCACGGUGAUCUGCUGCCUGUCGCACAUGUCUGCGACCUUUAAAUCUCUGCAUCAGUAAUUAAUUUGUCUUUGCCAGUUCAUACAUGUCCAACAGAUGACAAUGCUUCUUCUGAGGGGAGCUGUGCAGGCGGCGGUGCGGACAAACCGCUGCAGGUCAUUUUCUGUCUCACAGACUCACCUGAACCAGAGACAGGGUUUGGUGUUGGGAGUGUUUGAGAAGGAGGGAGCGGAGGGCAGCCUUCAUCUGACAGAGGCAGCUGCAGGGUUUGACCAAACUCUGUCUGGAAAACUCUCUGAACUACUGAAAAUCUCUGGACCUGCGCUCAAGAAAGGCAAAAGCAGAAUAUUUUAUGGACUCCACAAGGACUUCCCCUGUGUCGCAGUAGUAGGACUCGGUAAGAACAACGCAGGAGUGUGUGGGGCAGAGAACUGCGACACCAGUAAGGAGAACAUCAGAGAGGGAGUGUCAGCUGGCUGCCGGUUACUUCAGGACCUGGAGGUGAACCAUGUGGAGGUGGACGGCUGUGGUGAUGCCCAGUCAGCAGCUGAAGGUGCUGUUCUGGGCUUGUUUCAGUAUGACCAACUCAAAUCCAAGAAGAAGACCAAAGUAACUACACAGCUUCAUGGAAGUGCUGACUUGGCCGGGUGGGAAAAAGGAGUUAUGUAUGCAGAAGGCCAAAACCUGGCACGGCUACUCAUGGAAGCUCCGGCAAAUCACAUCACUCCCACUGCGUUUGCCAACACCAUUGAAGAGAAACUAGCACCACAUGCUGAACGAGUCACAAUAAAUAAGAGAUCCCAGACUUGGAUUGAGGAGCAGCAGAUGGGAGCGUUUCUCAGCGUGUCUAAAGGCUCAGAGGAGCCUCCUGUCUUCCUGGAACUACAUUACAACGGUUCACCUGACAGCACGCAGGCCCCACUGCUCUUAGUGGGCAAAGGCAUCACCUUUGACAGUGGUGGUAUUUCUCUGAAGCCAUCUUCUUCUAUGGAUGCAAUGAGAGCUGACAUGGGCGGAGCCGCCACCGUGUGUGCGUCCAUUGUCACAGCAGCAACUCUGAAGCUGCCGCUCAACAUUAUUGGUCUCGCUCCUCUUUGUGAGAACAUGCCCAGUGGAAAGGCCACUAAACCAGGUGAUGUUGUAACAGCCAAGAAUGGAAAAACAAUCCAGGUUGAUAAUACAGACGCAGAGGGUAGACUGAUUCUUGCAGACGCACUCUGUUAUGGACACACCUUCAGCCCCAGAGCCAUUGUCAAUGUUGCCACACUAACAGGUGCCAUGGAUGUAGCUCUUGGCUCAGCAGCAACUGGAGUAUUCACAAACUCUGACUGGCUCUGGGAGCAGCUGCACAAGGCCAGUGUUGUGACUGGUGACAGAGUGUGGCGGAUGCCUCUGUUCCAGCACUACAGCAGACAGGUGACUGACAGCCAGCUAGCUGACCUCAACAACAUUGGCAAGUACAGCCGUUCUGGUGGUGCAUGCACAGCAGCUGCAUUCCUGAGAGAGUUUGUCACAACUUCUCAUUGGGCUCAUCUGGACAUCGCUGGUGUGAUGAGUAACAAAGAUGAAAUUCCUUACCUGAGAAAAGGCAUGUCUGGAAGACCAACACGUACGCUGGUUGAGUUUGCUGCCGGGCUGGCCCACCACAACUGAGAGAUGGAUAUGAAACCUGAUAACAUACAAGACUUUCCAACCAAGUUCUGGAGGGAUUCAGCAGCUUAACUCCAGGGGUCAAACUGUAUAAUUCCUUCGAAAAACUAACAAUCGAAAUAUUAUAUACCAAUAUAUUGUGAAACAGUUUAGUUAAGUAAAUUUUCUUGAGCCCCAAAUUAAUACACAUUUUCUUCCCCAUACAGUUGUGAUUUCAGCUGAAAGACUUGAAACUGUGUAGAAACUACAUAGUAGAUCAGAUAAUUUAUAUGUUGUAUAAAUAAACUCUGUACGUCU